CUUCUCCUUCGCUUAUUAAGUCCUCCACUCUUCUUCUUCUCUCUCUCUCUCUCUCCGCCUGUUCAUCACUGAUCUAACUCUCCCGUUCGAUUCAUCUCUUCCUCGGCGUCUUCACCGUUUAUCUUCUUCCUUCUCACUCACCAUGUAUCGUUUCGCUUCUAACCUCGCCUCCAAGGCAAGGAUUGCUCAAAACACUCGCCAGGUUUCAAGCAGAAUGAGCUGGAGCAGGAACUAUGCAGCCAAAGAAAUUAAGUUUGGUGUUGAAGCUCGAGCUUUGAUGCUUAAGGGUGUUGAAGAUCUUGCCGAUGCUGUUAAAGUCACCAUGGGUCCAAAGGGACGUAAUGUUGUGAUUGAGCAAAGUUGGGGUGCUCCUAAAGUGACAAAAGAUGGUGUUACCGUUGCCAAAAGUAUUGAGUUUAAAGAUAAGAUCAAGAACGUUGGUGCCAGUCUUGUGAAGCAGGUUGCAAAUGCUACUAAUGAUGUUGCUGGUGACGGCACUACUUGUGCUACUGUACUUACCCGGGCAAUAUUCACGGAAGGUUGCAAAUCAGUUGCCGCAGGGAUGAACGCAAUGGACUUGAGACGGGGUAUCUCCAUGGCAGUUGAUUCUGUGGUGACAAACCUUAAAAGCAAAGCUAGGAUGAUCAGCACAUCCGAAGAGAUUGCACAGGUUGGGACAAUUUCUGCAAAUGGAGAGAGGGAAAUUGGAGAACUGAUUGCAAAGGCUAUGGAGAAGGUUGGCAAAGAAGGUGUAAUCACAAUCCAAGAUGGAAAGACAUUGUUUAACGAGUUGGAAGUUGUAGAGGGGAUGAAAUUGGACAGAGGUUAUACGUCCCCAUACUUCAUUACUAAUCAAAAAACCCAAAAAUGUGAACUAGACGAUCCUCUCAUUCUUAUUCAUGAGAAGAAGAUCUCAAGCAUCAACUCUAUCGUGAAAGUGUUGGAAUUGGCUCUGAAGAGGCAAAGACCACUGUUGAUUGUUUCUGAAGAUGUGGAGAGUGAUGCUCUUGCAACUCUUAUCCUUAACAAGCUCCGUGCCGGAAUCAAGGUCUGUGCCAUCAAGGCCCCUGGAUUUGGAGAGAACAGGAAGGCCAAUUUGCAAGACCUUGCUGCCCUUACUGGUGGAGAGGUUAUCACGGAUGAGCUUGGCAUGAAUCUGGAGAAGGUGGACCUGGGCAUGCUAGGAACCUGCAAAAAGGUUACAGUCUCCAAGGACGACACUGUUAUUCUUGAUGGGGCUGGCGACAAGAAAGGCAUUGAGGAAAGAUGUGAGCAGAUUAGGUCAGCAAUUGAAUUGAGCACCUCAGAUUAUGACAAGGAGAAAUUGCAAGAACGUUUGGCCAAGCUCUCUGGAGGUGUUGCAGUUUUGAAGAUCGGAGGAGCAAGUGAGGCUGAAGUUGGUGAGAAGAAAGACAGAGUGACAGAUGCAUUGAAUGCCACUAAAGCAGCUGUUGAAGAGGGUAUUUUGCCAGGAGGAGGUGUAGCUCUUCUAUACGCAGCCAGAGAAUUGGAAAAACUUCCAACAGCCAACUUUGAUCAGAAGAUUGGUGUGCAGAUCAUUCAGAACGCAUUGAAGACUCCUGUUUACACAAUCGCUUCAAAUGCUGGAGUUGAAGGUGCUGUUAUAGUUGGCAAACUAUUGGAACAAGAAAACACAGACCUCGGUUAUGAUGCAGCUAAAGGUGAAUAUGUGGAUAUGGUGAAAGCUGGAAUCAUAGACCCUCUGAAAGUGAUCAGGACGGCUCUGGUUGAUGCUGCGAGUGUAUCAUCUCUGUUAACAACAACUGAAGCAGUAGUGGUUGAGCUUCCUAAAGACGAUAGCGAGUCAGCAGGAGCUGGAGCAGGCAUGGGUGGAAUGGGAGGCAUGGACUACUAGAUCAUCCACUAAAUUCUGUCUCUCUUUUUUUUUUUGAUUUUUCUCACCAAUUACCAUCUUAACUUGAGAAAGAGGGAUACGAUUCUUUUUAGGAGUCUAGUCUUUGUCUUUGCCUUUGUGUCUCAGUAACAUUAAAAUUUCACAAUAAACAGAGCACACUUGGCAAUGUUAUGAAACCAA